AGUAUCGAGCGCUUCAAAGCUCGACUGGUCGCUAAUCUCCUGCAUGGCAGUACCUGGAGUCUUGUUAAUCUUCUCUUCCUCAUAGUAGAUCCAUCACUGCCAUGUCGAACUGUCUCAAUCUCCCCUGGUGUUUUCCUCCGUUGCUUCUUUGGACGUCCAGGAACUUCACUGAAAGCUGGGGAAAGGACAAAUACCACAGAAGUAAGACCGGUCUUGAGAUCAUAAUUGCUUACAGCAGCGCUCCUGCGCGAGACUCUUUCGGUAAAACGUAAGAGCGAAGCCAACACCUGCCUUCCGCCA